UCUGUUGCCAGGGACAUAAGGAAUGAACUCCUCAACACGCAGCUCCUAAAAUCGCUGUCAUCUAGGAGGAGAUGUCUUGAUUCCAGCCGAAUGUCCCACCAAGUUUUUUUUUUUCCCCACCGCUACUGAAUCCUACAAAUAGGUGACAACCUCUGCAACGGACGUUAAAAGGCAGCGAGCAGCUAAGGGGGGGCUAAGGCUUGGCAUUUGUGGUCUGUGGUAUCUUGUAAGGAUCUUCUGGACGUCUGCUAAGGAGGAGAUGCCAAGUCAGAAAGGUAAUCUAUCUACCGCCGCGUGCCUAUUGAUUUGCCAGGUGCUCUAGACAGAGGGUCCAGAGAAGGUCUCCGGUGUUUAAGACGGUGACAGGUCACGCUUCACUUGUGAUAAGAACCUCAGCAUUCUCUCCUUACCUGUAUCAUAUUUAACGUCAUUGGGUAAUGGGGACAACUGAUUGGAAAGGAAGUCUGUAGAGCAACUGAUCCUAUUUCCCAGGUAUACGGCGAGCAAUAAGAUGAGAAAAUCUGAUGCGUUCUACAUUCUUAUGGAUCAGGAUAUUCCAAAAAUGAGAUCUAACUUCUACCUGCAGCGUAUACGAACUACUUCUAGAACCUGACUGGAAUCUUCAAGGCAUCUCAAGACUUUGGAUGACUUGAAGAUUAAGAAAUCCAAGCACUCUACAUAUAUUCACUCAAGUUGACUAAAGACAGCGGUCUAGGUGUGGAAAUGCUCUUGGUAAAGGAACCUAAAGAAUGCUUUCCGGCUCGUGGCGAUCUGCCAUUUUUAUUUGUGUACCGAGCUUUCAGGGUGAUAAAGAAAGAAGGCUCCUCACGAGAAAUGAUGUCCAGUAAAUGACUGCUUCGCGGAGGUCACUGCUAAUCCAUCAUUGCUGAGCACAGUAUGGCUCUGAUCCUAUCAAAUGUUGAUCUAUUGUACAAAUAUCCCUUUAAUUAAUGUCUAAAGAUGGAUGUGUACGACACAGCAAGGCCAUCAAUCACUUGCAAUUUCUCAUUACUGGAGGUAAAUGAAUCAUAUUAUUGCAAUGAAAGCUUGACCAGCGGUGGCCUUCUGGACAUCAACAGGCAUUAUUUUAUUGGGCUCCUCUUAUCAUGCCUCUACACGGUUUUGCUUUUCCCUAUAGGAUUCAUUGGAAACAUCAUGAUUUUGGUCGUAAACAUCCGUUUCCGAGAAAAGAUGACCAUCCCGGACUUGUACUUCAUCAACUUAGCUGCCGCCGACCUCAUCCUGGUGGCAGACUCUCUAAUUGAGGUCUUCAACCUGAACGAGAAAUAUUACGAUAUUACCAUCCUUUGCACCUUCAUGUCGCUCUUUCUCCAAAUCAAUAUGUACAGCAGCAUAUUCUUUCUUACAUGGAUGAGCUUCGACAGGUAUAUCGCACUGACCAAAGUGAUGAAAUCCAAUAUAUUUCGAACAAAAGAGCACGCACGAUUAAGCUGCGGACUGAUCUGGAUGGCCUCCAUAUCGGCCACGUUGCUGCCAUUCACUGCAGUACAAGUGCAGCACACGGAAGACGGUCAUUUCUGCUUUGCGGACGUCAAAGAAAUCCAGUGGUUGGAAAUUACACUGGGGUUCAUCAUUCCUUUUGCAAUUAUUGGCCUCUGCUACUCCUUGAUUAUUCGGGUACUGAUCAGGGCCCACAAGCACCGAAACCUGAGACCAAGGAGACAAAAGGCGCUGAGAAUGAUUGUCGUGGUCGUCUUGGUCUUUUUUAUCUGCUGGCUACCGGAAAACGUAUUUAUUAGCAUUGGACUACUGCAAAGCACCGAUGGCAAGCAAGACAAUGAAUCUUUUAGGCACAGCCACCCUCUUACUGGACACAUUGUCAACCUGGCAGCUUUCUCGAAUAGCUGCUUGAACCCUCUAAUUUACAGUUUUCUGGGGGAAACCUUUAGAGACAAGCUUCGUCUGUACGUCAAGGACAAGAGGAGCAUGUCUGCUCUCAACAGGUUCUGCCAAGUGUCUCUUAAAUCAGUCAUUCCCGACAGCACAGAGCAUUCUGAAAUCAAAUAUAACAGUGGGGUAUAAAUGCAUUAUAACAGAACUCAUUGACUUAUAAUGGAUUUGGUUGGGUUCCACCAAAGUGUCCAUCUUGACAGAAAAUAGUCCUGCGUGGGGCGCUCAUUUUUCCGUCAAUUAUGGAAUCUGUCUGGUGGAUUCUCCAAAGCAGAAGUGAACAGUGUACGAGUCAGGCACCUUUCAGACUGUCUUGUGCGUCCAUUUAUGGUAAGCACUGAGAGAACUCCUAGUGCGUCCAUUAAACGUACCCAUGAGUUGGAUGCCACCGAGUGGUAUCUGUCCGCGAUCGGCGUCCCCCUUAGAAAAGGUGUCGGUGUGAUUUAAA